GGGAAACGUCAACGCCGCUGAGACACACGCAUGUAAACAGUUUUAUAACUCACCAUGGCUGCUCCAUUGGUCAGGAUUUUGUCAAGGUCUUGCAGGCAGCUGUCUCCUCCUCUCAGGGCGGUGCAGUGUGGUGGAGGAGGAUGGAGGUUCAGGUCCAGUUCAGCUCUGGACCUGGACUCAGACCAAACCGGUGGAGUUUCAUUUCCUCCUCUGCAGAGUUUCUCGGAGGAGGAGGCCAUGAUGAGGGAGGCAGUGAAGAAAUACGCUCAGGAACGCAUCGCUCCGUUUGUGUCGAAGAUGGACGAGCGCUCGCACAUGGACGAUGAGGUCGUCCAGUCUCUGUUCGAACAAGGAUUGAUGGGUAUAGAGAUCGACCCUGCGUACGGCGGCACUGGCUCCUCCUUCUUCGCCUCCAUCCUGGUCAUCGAGGAGCUGGCCAAAGUCGACCCGUCUGUCGCGGUUCUGUGCGACAUCCAGAACACGCUCAUCAACACCCUAGUGGCCAAACUGGGAACAGCAGAACAGAAAGAGAAAUACCUCAGCCGCCUCUCCACCGACACGGUCGGGAGUUUCUGUUUGUCUGAAGCUGAGUCUGGGAGCGACGCCUUCGCCUUAAAAACUCGAGCAGAAAAACGUGGAGAUUAUUACGUCAUAAACGGCUCUAAAAUGUGGAUCAGUAACGCCGAACACGCCGGAGUGUUUCUGGUCAUGGCCAACGCCGACCCGUCCGCCGGCUACAGAGGCAUCACCUGUUUCAUCGUGGACAGAGACGCAGACGGACUGGAGAUCUGCAAGAAGGAAAACAAACUGGGCCUCAGAGCGUCUUCCACCUGUCCGCUCAACUUCGACAACGUGAAGGUGCCUGAAAAGAACGUCUUGGGUGAGGUGGGUCAGGGCUACAAAUACGCCAUCGGGAUGUUGAACGAGGGGCGGAUCGGGAUCGCGGCGCAGAUGCUGGGUCUGGCUCAGGGCUGCUUCGACCACACGGUUCCUUACACCAGGCAGAGGGUGCAGUUCGGAAAACGGAUCUUUGACUUUCAGGGGAUGCAGCACCAGAUCGCUCACGUGGCGACUCAGAUCGAAGCGGCGCGGCUCCUCACGUACAACGCCGCUCGACUCAAAGAGGCCGGACGACCGUUUAUCAAAGAGGCGUGUAUGGCCAAGUACUUCUCUGCAGAGGUGGCGACGUUGACCACCUCCAAGUGCAUAGAGUGGAUGGGAGGAGUGGGCUUCACUAAAGACUACCCCAUAGAGAAGUACUACAGGGACUGCAAAAUAGGAACAAUUUACGAAGGAACGACAAACGUCCAGCUCUCGACCAUGGCCAAGUUCAUAGAUAAAGAAUACGACCUCUGAGACGGAGGGACGGAGACACUCGGAGACACUCGGAGACACCCAGGACGAGACCGGGACGAGACCGGGACGAGACCGGGACGAGACCGGGACUAGACCCGGACUAGACCGGGACUAGACCAGGACUGGACCAGGACGAGACCAGGACUGGACCAGGACGAGACCAGGACGAGACCAGCACAAAAUCCAGAAUUAUAUCAUGUCUAAACUAGGCCAAACCAGGUAUGAAUUUGGUCUAAACCAGGUCUAAACCAGGACUAAACCAGGUCUAAACCAGGUCUAAACCAGGUCUAAACCAGGUCUAGACCAGGUCUAAACCAGGUCUAAACCAGGUCUAAACCAGGUCUAAACCAGGUCUAAACCAGGUCUAAACCAGGUCUAAACCAGUUCUAAACCAGGUCUAAACCAGGUCUAAACCAGGUCUAAACCAGGACUAAACCAGGUCUAAACCAGGUCUAAACCAGGUCUAAACCAGGACUAGACCAGGUCUAAACCAGGACUAAACCAGGUCUAAACCAGGUCUAAACCAGGUCUAAACCAGGACUAAACCAGGACUAAACCAGGACUAAACCAGGACUAAACCAGGACUAAACCAGGACUAAACCAGGACUAAACCAGGUCUAGACCAGGUCUAAACCAGGUCUAAACCAGGUCUAAACCAGGACUAAACCAGGUCUAAACCAGGUCUAAACCAGGUCUAAACCAGGUCUAAACCAGGUCUAGACCAGGUCUAAACCAGGUCUAAACCAGGACUAAACCAGGUCUAGACCAGGACUCAGUCUAAGUCCAUUGUGAAGUAAAAAUGAGUUCAAAGUGCAGUAUUUUGUUGAUACUGAUGAACCUGAUCUCGUGGGGCUCUUCUCUGUUCUAUAGCUGUAAAGUUUGCUUUAGUUUGAGUUGUAUAGAUAUUUCUUUUAUUGAUGUUACUCAGAUUCUUUUAUUAUUUCUCACAUUUGUGGUGAGUUUGCACUUAUGAAAAACUCUUAUGUUUCCCAAAUCUACCAAAAAUACUGUCAAUUCUACAGUGAAUUAGACGCUUUUGAAAACCUGCGUGUUGUUCCAUUUCCUAAAUGUCCAGUUAAGGCUGUCAAAAGUAUCGAAAAUCAGAUACUAAUCGAUACUAGAACUAGUAUCGAGACUAGAUACUCGUUUGAGCAGGUAUCGAUACUGAAAAAGUCACAUAUAAGCCACAUGUGAAGAGAAAACAAAGCACUGCCAUGUUCUUUUGUCUAAAUAAAGAGUUUUUCAUUAUCCUCGUAGUAUCAGAAUCAGUAUCGAGUCUAUUCCUCAGUAUCGAAAUCAUUCUAGUAUCGUGACAACACUCUCUACUCUACAAUUAUAUAUUUCUCAGUAAGAUGAUUUGAGAUCUUUUGCAAACUUUGAGCUGAACUUUGAAUCAAGACAAGACGAGUUCUACAUCAUUUUCAACUUGUUUUUCUCUUUUUCAAUCAGUGCCUUCAGAUACUUUUUUUUUUGUGUAAUUAUAUUUGUGAAAGUAGCUUUGCACAUCGACUCUCUGUAAAACUGUAAAAACGUGUUAAGUUUGUCAUUAAAAGUGAAUAAAACACAUCUUUAAAUCUGAUUGUUCCACGUCGUGUCUAGAUUUGAACACCAGGGGGCAGCACUUACAUGAGGAUUACAUUGGCUCUGCAAAAACUGUUUUAUUUAAUCAGCCAAUUGUGUCAUUAUUUAACCUCCUCUCACCACUAAUGACAUUUGAGCUAUUUUGAAUCAGGCUUAAGUUUGUCACAGCCUGGAUAAUUAUAAUUUACACAUAUUAAUGUUGAAUUUAAAUAGGAUUCAGAACAAAGAUGAAGGUGAAGGAUUUCUAAGGCCAUUUAUUUACUAUUAGCACAUUAGCAAAGGUUUAUCCAAUAGACAUAAAAACUACUGUACACACCAAAAACAGGCUUAGAUACAGUUUAUAAUGUGUUUUACUCAUUAUUCUAUAGUAAUAAUACAAUAUAUUUACAGCUUGAGACUCACACAGAGUAAAUCAAACACAAAUAUUUAAAUUGUGAUGAAAAAAUAUGAAAAAUGUUAAUGAGAUAUAAAUUUAGACUAUAAAAAAUAAUAAUAAAAUCAACAGGUGUAAGUCGAUAAAACACUUAGAGAUAUUUGACUGACAGUGUAUUUGAAUUUAAAUAAAGAGAAGAACAUUUAAGGGUCAUGUGGAAGUGUCACAGUGUGAGGCAGAGUAAAUCAGGCUAAAAACAAGAGCAUUAGAUGUUUGUGAUGAGGAAAAACAAGAGCAAAACUGCUACGACUACGAAUACUACUACUAAUACUACUACUAAUACUACUACUACUACUACUACUACUACUACUACUACUACUACUACUACUACUACUACUACUACUACUACUACAUGAUGUGUCUGUGCAGUUUGUCUUUUAGAGGAAAUAAAACAUAAAAUAAAUCUCUGGUCAAAUGAAGUCAAAAUAAAAUCAACAUUUACAAAGUGA